AUGCCUUCGAUGAACAGACAUCAGUUUCUCGCCGAGUUUGUUUACGGCGUUGAAAAGUACUUCGACGUAGGUGGGAUACAGGCAUCAUGGGCCAAAGGGUCCAAGCCAGCUCAUCGAUUUUGGGGCGAUGAAGACGACAGAAUCGAGAUUCCGUCGUCUAGCGAUGAUCACACAACUUCAGACUUCGCUGUCAGUCCAGAUGAGAAGCUCGUUGCAGUCUGCGGCGGGCUGUUGAUCAGUGUGUACGACAUAGCCACCAAAGAAUGCCAUACUCAGUUUCGGUGUCCUGACGAAUCUUUUCCGAAACUCCGUUUCCAUGACCUGGCUCGUGGAGAUGGUGGCUUUUGCCUUAUCGUGGCCACCUCCGACAGACCGGCCAUGAACAACAAACUUGUCAUUGUAGAAUUGGACAAUAAUGGUCAAAUGUUGACUGACCAAGUAAACAUCUUGGUUACACCAAAUCUCAUCGAUGAGUCCCUUGCACCUAUCGUGUCUCGAGUCAAUUGUGUCUACGUUACUCCAAACACAGUACCUCGACCCUUACUGGACGAGGUCCGUGCUAAAUAUACCAGAGCACUGGAACAUCUCCAGGCAAAACUCCUGUUCGAGAGCUUUGAGCAGAUCGAUGGCAGAUUUUCUGGCUCACAAGCCUCCAGUAAAGACGGAAGGCUGUUGUUGUAUACGAUCAACAACCAUACCAUUCAACGCGUUAGCCGUGCUGCUGACGGAUUACCGAAAAUCAUUGUUUACGACUUCGUGAAGAAAUGCCAGAUGCAGAUUCUGUCAGGCCACGAGGACUCGGUGACAUGGACCGCAUUCAGUCCAGACGAUAGCCAUAUCGCAUCUGCUUCUUGGGACGGUACUUAUAGAAUCUUUGACACCGUUACAGGUGAAUGCAAACACAUAAUCGGUCCGAUUGGUGGACAAUGCACAUCUGGAGCAUGGUCUCCAGAUUCGAAGCAUGUCGUUGUGUGCGGCAGUGGCAGGAGAACUGAAGAAGAUACUGGAACUGUUGAGAGCUACUCAAUGGUAGCUGUAUUUUCGACCGCGACAGGCAAAGAGGUUGCACGUUUCUGGCAUGAGGACCCAAAAUCUAGGCCAGGUCAAGUCGCUUGGUCAUCCAGGAAUGAGAUUGCUCUGACCCGAAGAUAUGAUACGGACACUUGGAUCUGGAACCCAUUCGAGGACAGGAUAACUAGCUCGUUAUCUCUCAAGGUUGAGAAUCCGAUGAUGAGGGCAUACGUGAGUCCUGGCAAAGUUGCUUGGGCCAGAGAUGGGAAGCUCUUGAUUCUCAUGUGUGGCGACGGCACGGUCGAGGUCUGGGACAGGGAUGCCAAUGUUAAGUGGACGUUCCAAAAGCCGCUGGGCUUGGACACGAAGCGAUUUGGACAAUCGUUCACUUGGCUUGAGCAACAUCGAAUGUUGAUGAUUCUGAACGGUGAUGGUUAUCUGAGAUUCUACAAGCUAGACUAAGCACUAGGAAUGCGAG